UUGAAGGUUCGCAAAUUUUCUGUUGAAAAUAAUUUACCACCAAAGGCAUUGUUGCUAAUAGACAACUGCACGGCACAUAAGCCAAUUGACAGGCUGAAGUCUGACGAUGGAAACAUUGUAGCCAUGCAUCUACCACCGAACGUAACAGCGGCUUUGCAGCCAAUGGAUCAAAAUCCCAUAAGAUUGGUUAAAUUAGGAUAUCGCUCCAAAUUGUUAUGCAACAUUGCCGCGCAAGAAAACGUUCUGGUGGAAAAUAUUUUGAAGGCACAUUCAAUUUGUGACGCCAUAUCGCUACUUAAUUCAGCAUGGGAAGAAUUGCCGCAAUCAAUUCUUAUAAAAGCGUGGAAUAAGAUAAAAAAGUGGGAUGAUGAUCAAUACGAUAGUGAAGAUGAUCUUCCGUUGUCCAAAUUUAUUAAAGCAAACGAUGUUUACGACGAUACAGUUCGAGAAGUUCAAUCGUUAAUGUUGAAAGUGGGAAAUAAUCUUAACAUCAGCAUUGACGAUAUAGAAAAUUGGAACAAGGAUGAAAUUACGGAAGAUAUGGAACAUUUCGAAGUGUGUGAUAGUGACAAUGAUGAUUCAAUUACCGAGGAAGAUAUUCAACAACCGAAAGUGAGUUUCUCGAAAGCAGUUGAAAGCAUCAAUACCUUGAUAAAAUGGUCCAAAGACAACAACGAUGCAAAUCAGGUGGCAGACCUUAUCAGUAUGCGCACAAAAAUGGUCAAGAAUUAUUACACCAAAGAAAAAAAACAAACAACUCUCGACUGCUUUUUUAAACCACCUGGUACAAAUUAA